GGCAGACUAUCAGUAGUAAGACCCACUCUAACGUGGUGGAUAAGGCGCUAACAAUCUCUAGUUCUUAUCAGUGCUUCGAUGGCGAUCCAGAUGAGCCAACCGAUCAAAACGAGGGGGAUGAAAGACAAAGAAAGAGAUCGGGGGACUUUAUGAUCGGAGAAAGGAAAGGCGCGUGGUUGGUGUAUCACUGGGUCGGUGGGGGAACCCGUAGGAAGGGGGACGACCCGACGAAUUCACAUCAGAAAUCGCCAACAUGA